AACUGCCGUACAAUCCUAGCACAAAUUCCCUUCAUAUUUCUUGUUUUAAGUUACAAUGUUAAGUGUUUAUUGUUGGGUUUCUGAGGAGACUGUCAGGAAAUGUUCUCAAGCAUUUUAAUUUGGUAGAAUCCACAUUAAUUUUUUAUUUUUAACCUGCAAACAUAGUGCUGUGAAGUACGGUUUUGUUCUUUUGUCUAGUCAAGCUCAACAAAAUAGACUCAAUGACUUUAUUUUCAAAGGACUUGGCAAGUUUUCUCAGUGUUGAAGUUCUCUAAGGUUUUACCCCAAAAGAGGCAAAAUGAAUAAGUUGCAGCAAAUAAAAACACAUAGUUGAUACUUCAUCAGUCUCAUCAGUAUAUAAAUUAAAAAGUUUAGGUUUAAAUGUGGAGUUUAAAACAUUAAUGUCCCAAUACUAAUUAGGUUCCAAUUAAAGUUGGAACCUCAUUAAAAAGCUUAGGUCCCAACACUGAGCCUUGUGGUACUCCAUAUUUUAUGUUUUGAGCUCUAAGUCUUCAAUAAACUAUAAAAAUGGUUUUCUGGUUAAGUAUUCAACAACUUGAGAACUACGACUCUUUUUCUUUUCCUGUUGCCAUUUUAAUACAAGUACAAAAAAUAAGUACAUACUCCGUAUUUCUUUAUAACUGCUCAGAUUAAUGAAAACUCCAAGCUAUUACAUUAAAUCCAGAUAUAAUUAUUUUUUUUUCUGAUUCUCAUCCAUCAAGCUUUUCUGACACAAAGUUUGGUAAUGAAUGAAGAUUUCAGACACUUCCACGAACAAAAGCGAAGUUCUGGGUAUUUUUCUUUGUGUGUGAGAAGUGGAAUGAUGUUGAAGGAAAGUUACAGUCGUUCCCUCCCUCCAUCCAUCUGCCCCCUCCUCCUGAAGCCUAAAAUAAAAAGCGAUGCACAACGCCGCGCCAAGUCGGAUGAGACGCGUCCCGGGACGUUACAGGGGAAUUUCACUGUCUGCAAAAUAGUUUUCUUUCAUCACCUGGAUCAAUCAACAUGAGAGAGUGCAUCUCCAUCCAUGUGGGCCAGGCAGGCGUUCAGACUGGAAAUGCAUGCUGGGAGCUGUUCUGCCUGGAGCACGGCGUCGGUCCUGAUGGCGUUUUCCUGGACGGUCCUGUAGCUCCGAAUUGCCGUGAAGAUCCGUUCAACACUUUCUUCAACACUGGGAGUUUUGGUCGUCACGUUCCCAGAGCGCUCUUCGUCGACCUGGAGCCCACAGUGAUCGACGAAGUGAGGGUCGGGAAGUACAGAGAGCUCUUCCAUCCUGAGCAGCUGAUCUCUGGAAAGGAGGACGCGGCCAACAACUAUGCUCGAGGACAUUACACCGUCGGGAAGGAGAUCAUCGAUGGAGUCAUGGAGCGCAUCCGGAAAAUGACGGAUCAGUGCACAGGGCUGCAGGGUUUCCUCGUCUUUCACAGCUUUGGAGGGGGCACCGGCUCCGGCUUCACCUCACUCCUAAUGGAGCGUCUCUCACUGGACUACGGCAAGAAAUCCAAGCUGGAGUUUGCCGUCUACCCAGCGCCCCAAGUUUCCACUGCGGUGGUGGAGCCCUACAACGCCAUCCUGACCACCCACACCACCUUGGAGCACUCUGACUGUGCCUUCAUGGUGGACAACGAGGCAAUUUACGACAUCUGCCGCCGCAAUAUGGACAUCGAGACUCCCGGCUACAUCAACCUCAACAGGCUGAUCGGUCAGAUCGUUUCCUCAAUCACCGCCUCGCUUCGCUUCGACGGCGCUCUCAACGUUGACUUGACGGAGUUCCAGACCAACUUGGUCCCGUUUCCACGCGUCCACUUCCCGCUGGUUACCUACUCGCCCAUCAUCUCGGCUGAGAAGGCCUACCACGAGCAGCUGACCGUGGCGGAGAUCACCAGCUCCUGCUUCGAACCAACCAAUCAGAUGGUGAAGUGUGACCCUCGUCGCGGCAAGUACAUGGCAUGCUGCAUGCUGUACAGAGGGGACGUUGUCCCGAAGGAUGUGAACGCCGCCAUAGCUAAUAUAAAGACCAGACGCUCCAUCCAGUUUGUUGACUGGUGCCCCACUGGCUUUAAGGUGGGCAUUAAUUACCAGCCUCCGACUGCAGUGCCCGGCGGAGACCUGGCCAGUGUUCAGAGGGCGGUGUGCAUGCUGAGCAACACCACCGCCAUCGCUGAGGCCUGGUCCCGCCUUGACCACAAGUUCGACCUCAUGUACGCCAAGCGUGCAUUCGUUCACUGGUACGUGGGCGAAGGCAUGGAGGAGGGGGAGUUUGCCGAAGCCCGAGAAGACCUGGCCUGUUUGGAAAAAGAUUACGAAGAGCUGGGUCGGAUGAGCUCCGACUCUGAAGAUGAAGAAGUUUAAUAUCCAGAUAUUUCUAAAUAUUUUCCAAGUUGGAGCUAAAUAGAAAGUAUUAGAGCCUUGUAAAGUAUUACUUUUCCAAGCCUGUUGUUUGAAAAGGCACAAAGUGAAACCAGAUUUUAAUUGUACUUUGAAAUGAACUGAAAUUAAAUUUGUUUUGCAGGAACACAAUGAGAUGCUCCUUAAGUAAGGCGCUAGCUUCAUCAUUUACUUCUAAUUCCACUAUUGUCUUUUUUAGAAAUUGUAGAAAAUGUAAACUAAAAUCACACAAGAUACGUCAUAGUUUAAAACUUAUAACACUGUUACACAUUACUUUGGUAUUAAAUCUGUUGUUUGAGGGGGAAAGUAUGUACCACCUAUGUUUUUAAAUGUCUUCUUCUUGCUUUUAUAUCACAUUUAAAUUGUCAAGUUUAAUUUUAGACUAAUUCAACUUAAAUGAAUACAAUAAGUUAUUUUUAAUGAUGAAUUUAUUUAUUAAUGAGGGGAAAAAACUCUUACCGAAGCGCUUAACUGCCACAGCUAAGAAAUUAAUGCAAAAGCAGUAUCUCUCGUGACAAGGAGAUUUAAAAAUACAUCCCCCUUAUAACGUCUUACUCUUUCUUCUAAAUCAAGGGUUUCCAAAAUUUUUCAAUACAGCCCCAUAAACACUAUCAGCGUCUGGGGGGGUCGCCCCUUUUGUAAACCCACAGACAGUGCUACAAAAUAU